AGCCUGCCACAGCUCCCUGAGAUCUCCCAGGUGGCAGCUGCCUCCUCCAGACAGGCUCAUCCGCCAUGACCAAACUGAGCACCCAGGUCAAAGGCUCCCUCAACGUCACCACGCCCGGGGUGCAGAUAUGGAGGAUAGAGGCCAUGCAGAUGGUGCCUGUUCCUUCCAGCACCUUCGGCAGCUUCUUCGAUGGUGACUGCUACAUAGUCCUGGCUAUCCACAAGACAGGCAGCAACCUGUCCUAUGACAUUCACUACUGGAUCGGCCAGGACUCGUCCCAGGAUGAGCAAGGGGCAGCUGCCAUCUACACCACACAGAUGGAUGACUUUCUGAAGGGCCGGGCUGUCCAGCACCGCGAGGUCCAGGGCAACGAGAGCGAGACCUUCCGAGGCUACUUCAAGCAGGGCAUCGUGAUCCGGAAAGGGGGUGUGGCUUCUGGCAUGAAACAAGUGGAGACCAACUCCUAUGACAUCCAGCGGCUGCUACAUGUCAAGGGCAAGAGGAAUGUGGUGGCCAGAGAGGUGGAGAUGUCCUGGAAGAGUUUCAACCGUGGGGAUGUUUUCCUCCUGGACCUCGGGAAGUUUAUCAUCCAGUGGAACGGGCCAGAGAGUAACCGCAUGGAGAGACUCAGGGGCAUGACCCUGGCCAAGGAUAUCCGAGACCAGGAGCGGGGUGGACGCACCUAUGUGGGCAUAGUGGACGGGGAGGACGAGAAGGCCUCGCCGCAGUUGAUGGAGAUCAUGAACCACGUGCUGGGCCGGCGGAAGGAGCUGAAAGCCGCCAUGCCUGACGCGGUGGUGGAGCCGGCACUCAAGGCCGCCCUCAAGUUGUACCAUGUGUCUGACUCAGGGGGAACCGUGGUGGUCAGAGAAGUCGCCACAUGGCCGCUCACACAGGACCUGCUGAGUCACGAGGAAUGUUACAUCUUGGACCAGGGGGGUCUGAAGAUCUACGUGUGGAAGGGGAAGAAUGCCAGUGCCCAGGAGAAGAGGGAAGCCGUGGGCCAGGCACUGAACUAUAUCAAAGCGAAGCAGUACCCACCAAGCACACAGGUGGAGGCGCAGAAUGAUGGGGCCGAGUCAGCCAUCUUUCAACAGCUCUUCCAGAAGUGGACAGUGCCCAGCCGGGCCUCAGGCCUGGGCAAAACCCAUGCCGUGGGCUCCGUGGCUAGGGUGGAACAGGUGAAGUUUGAUGCCACGUCCAUGCACACCCAGCCUCAGGUGGCUGCCCAGCAGAAGAUGGUCGACGAUGGGAGUGGGGAGGUGCAGGUAUGGCGCAUUGAGGACCUAGAGCUGGUGCCUGUGGAUUCCAAGUGGCUCGGCCACUUCUAUGGGGGAGACUGCUACCUGCUGCUCUACACCUACCUCAUUGGCGAGAAGAAGCACUACCUGCUCUACAUCUGGCAGGGCAGCCAGGCCAGCCAGGAUGAAAUCACAGCCUCGGCCUAUCAAGCGGUCAUCCUGGACCAGCAGUACAACAAUGAACCAGUCCAGAUCCUGGUCCCGAUGGGCAAGGAGUCACCUCACCUCAUGUCCAUCUUCAAAGGACGCAUGGUGGUCUACCAGGGAGGCACCUCUCGGGCUAACAGCGUGGAGCCUGUGCCCUCCACACGGCUGUUCCAGGUCCGGGGGACCAGCACCAACAACACCAAGGCCUUUGAGGUCCCAGCCCGGGCCGCCUCCCUCAACUCCAAUGACGUCUUCAUCCUCAAGACCCAGUCUUGCUGCUACCUGUGGUGUGGGAAGGGCUGUAGUGGGGACGAGCGGGAAAUGGCCAAGAUGGUUGCUGACACCAUCUCCCGGACCGAGAAACAAGUGGUGGUGGAAGGGCAGGAGCCGGCCAACUUCUGGAUGGCCCUGGGCGGGAAGGCCCCCUAUGCCAGCACCAAGAGGCUGCAGGAGGAAACCCUGGUGAUCACUCCUCGGCUCUUUGAAUGUUCCAACCAGACUGGGCGCUUCCUGGCCACAGAGAUCCCUGACUUCAAUCAGGAUGACUUGGAAGAGGAUGAUGUGUUCCUGCUAGAUGUCUGGGACCAGGUCUUUUUCUGGAUUGGAAAGAAUGCCAAUGAGGCCGAGAAGAAAGCUGCAGCCACCACAGUGCAGCAAUACCUCAAGACCCACCCCAGCGGCCGGGACCCCGAGACCUCCAUCAUUGUGGUGAAGCAAGGACACGAGCCCCCCACAUUCACGGGCUGGUUCCUGGCUUGGGAUCCCUUCAAGUGGAGUAACGCCAAAUCCUAUGAGGCCCUGAAGGCGGAGCUUGGAAACUCUGGGGACUGGGGCCAGAUCACUGCUGAGCUCACAAACCCUAAACUAGACGUGUUCAACGCUAACAGCAAUAUCAGUUCUGGGCCUCUACCCAUCUUUCCCCUGGAGCAGCUGGUGAACAAGCCUGUGGAGGAGCUUCCCGAGGGCGUGGAUCCCAGCAGGAGGGAGGAGCACCUGUCUGUUGAGGAUUUCACCAAGGCCUUGGGGAUGACUCCUGCUGCCUUCUCUGCUCUGCCUCGAUGGAAACAACAAAACCUCAAGAAAGAAAAAGGACUAUUUUGAGAAGCAAGAGUAGCUGUGGUUUCAAGCAGUGGCCCCACCCCGCUUGCAGAGCUUCAUUUUGUUAUUACUGGUAUUAGUCCUAUAUUAAUGGAAGUGAACAUGUACAGUUGUACCUGUGAGCAGCAGUCUGUGGCAAUGCCACUUCUGUUUAGUAAUCUACUUAUUCCUCCAGAAAGAUGAUUCCUCCAUAA